AUGCACGACGCACUGCCCAAGAUUCGCGUUACAGACCCGCACAGCCGCGACUCGGUACCGCUGAGCGCAUCGCCCGCAGACAGCCAGCAGUCGCCACAGCCGCACGACGUGAGCGAGGAGGAGCGCAGUGUGACUCCUGCAUCAGGUACAUUCGAGACACCGUCCCCACCGAAGCGUGCGCCAGCGCAAAGAGCUGACCGUGAGGGAAUCGAGCGCAGUGCGAUCCAAGUCGAGCGGCAAGGCGUCGCCGACGCGGCCACAGCGCGCAGCCGCAGCAUCCGCCAAAUCCUCAAGCGCACUCAGACGUCGCAAGACGUGCUCCAGAAGCUCCGCCCCACGGCCGACGAUGCUUCGUCCACCCCGCGCCCCUUCACCGCUGAAGGCGCGCAAGCCAGGGACGUGAGCCGCGGCGAUGCCGUCUCGCUGGCCCCGUCGAAGAAGAAGGGAGUCUCGUUCCUGAGCCGCAUCAUUGGAAAUAAAAAGAAGCACGAGGACGAGUCCUUCCCCGAUGAUGCCGCGAGUGACCCCAGACCCGAAGGCAUGGACGCCGAACUCUUCUCCCAACCCAUCGACAGUAGCAUCGGCUACCAGCCGCGCCACCCCCAUCCGCCGGGCUACAUAAAGAUUCGCUCCAAGUUCAAGAAGGAGCGCGAAUUCGACCGCGUUUUCCUGGCCCAGGAGCUCCGUGCCGACCAACUUCCCGCCCAAGAUGAACCGCAGCGUCCCGCGAGCAGCUCCGGCGCCAGCGUGAGCAACAACACGACGACAACGCCGACGACCGCGAACCCGAGGACUAGCAGCGUCAACGAGCGCCCCGUUUGGGCUCUGGAGUUCAGCAAGGAUGGUAAGUACAUGGCCGCAGGCGGUCAGGACGGAGUCCUCCGCGUGUGGUCGGUUAUCUCCAACCCCGACGAGCGGACCGCACACGAGAUAUCCGAGGCGGGGACCCAGAAGGAUGGGCAGGCACUGCACGUGAAUGCGCCCGUGUUCCAAAACAAGCCAGUUCGGGAAUACGUGGGUCACGAGUCCACGAUAUUGGACCUGAGCUGGAGCAAGAACAACUUCCUUUUGUCGUCUUCCAUGGACAAGACCGUCCGCCUGUGGCACAUCAGCCGUUCCGAGUGUCUGUGCACCUUCAAGCAUGCAGACUUCGUCCCGUCCAUUCAAUUCCACCCGAAAGAUGACCGUUUCUUUUUGGCCGGAUCCCUCGACAGCAAGCUGCGCCUCUGGAGCAUUCCGGACAAGACCGUCGCCUUCUGGAACCAAUUGCCUGAGAUGAUAACGGCCGUCGCCUUUACACCCGAUGGCAAAACCGCGAUCGCAGGAACGCUGAGCGGCCUCUGCAUGUUCUACGAUACGGAGGGUCUCAAGUACCAAACACAGAUUCAUGUGAAGUCAUCGCGCGGCAAAAAUGCCAAGGGCAGCAAAAUUACAGGGAUCCAGGCGAUGCACGUGGGUGCGGCUGGAGCGACUGUCGGCGACGUUAAGCUGCUGAUUUCAAGCAAUGAUUCUCGGAUCCGACUAUACAGCAUGCGGGACAAAGGACUUGAGAUUAAAUUCCGAGGCCAGGAGAACAACUUCAGCCAGAUACGAGCAACCUUUAGUGACGACGCGAAAUAUGUCAUUUGUGGCAGCGAAGAUCGCAGAGCUUACAUCUGGUCAUCUGGACCAAUCGAGGGCGAGAACAGGAACCAGCGGCCAGUCGAAAUGUUUGAUGCGCACAACUCCAUAACGACAUGCGCGAUCAUGGCCCCGACAAAGACGCGACAAUUACUCAGCAACUCCGAGGAUCCCGUGUACGACCUGUGUAACCCACCACCAGUGACGCUCGUGAGCAGGACCGAGUCGCUAUCGUCAAAGCAUGCAUCCGAGGCCGGCAGUGUGCAAGGAACCCCUAGGAACGCAAAGAGGGCGGAGGGCACACCAGCUUACAUGGCGCGCUCGGCGCAUCAUGAUGGACAGAUUAUCGUGACAGCCGAUUACCAGGGCAACAUCAAGGUUUUCCGCCAAGAUUGUGCAUUCAGCAAGCGUAAGAACGUACCCGAUAACUGGGAUUCCUCAUCAGUAUUCUCAAGGAGGACAACGGGAUCUGGAGUCCGGAGGAGCAACUCGACCAAAACACGAGCAAGUAGCAGGAAGCGACGCGAUUCAACGGCCACAACGGCAACGACGGGCACGGAUCGCAUUCUAUCGUGGCGACAAAACAUUUCUGGUUCCGGUAACAGUAUCAAGGACGGGAAAGCAGGAAAGGGUGGUGUUGACCGUGGCGUCUCUCCGAGCAAAUCUUCCAAGGCCUCAUCAGCUAAAUCAUCAAAGGCACAGCUUCCCGAAAUGCCUCCAUUGCCGAAUCGGACGAGAGACAGCAACCCAUCGAUCAACGCACCAUUGGAUUCGCCGCAAAGGCCAAAGACGUCCGGCGGGGCUCUGGCAUCUCAAUCGCAGCCGCAAUUACCAUCGAGCAGUAACAACCCGAUGUGGGUCCACGGGGACCAGUCGUACGCAUAUUACAACCAGGACGCUUGGCGAAACCAGCUGGAGAACACAAGAUUACAACCGCAGCUGACGAAGGCCUCCAGCUACGUCAGUAAAUUGAGCAGCGAGGAAAGCAGCGUGGACGAGGCGGAAGAAGGGGUGGAAUGCAAGAAGUGCGGGUGCAGGAAAUUCAACGCAAAGGGUUUGGGCAAGAACCGCGUUUUGACCUGCGCGAACUGUGGGAAGACGACAUCAUCUUGA